AACAAGCAGAGAAUUUUGGUAAACAAGAAAAAGAAAAACAGAAGAAAAGAAGAGGGCCUUCAGCCCUCUGCUUCCCUACCUAUGCCUCCUCUCAGAUCUUGAAUUCAAUCCGUUUUUCUUCUCCGCCUUUGAUUCUUCGGGGGUUUUGGAUUGCGGCUGCUCCUGAUUUUCGAUCUGUUGAAGAUCAGAUGGACUCCUGUUGAGCACAGCAGAUUGCCCGUUUCUCAUCUAAGUAGGUUUCUCGUGAAUUUUGUUGCUCUAAGGUGUUUGCUAUUCCUAUAAUGGAAAUGGAGCCUGGGAAGUUGUUCAUUGGUGGGAUUUCGUGGGACACCAGUGAGGAGCGUUUGAAAGAGUAUUUUCAAACUUUUGGUGAAGUGGUCGAAGCUGUGAUCAUGAAGGAUCGCACCACUGGCCGUGCCCGUGGUUUUGGUUUCAUUGUUUUUGCUAAUGCUUCUGUCGCUGAGAAAGUUGUCAAGGAGAGGCACGUCAUAGACGGAAGAACUGUGGAGGCAAAGAAGGCUGUUCCUAGGGAUGAUCAUCAAAACUUCAGCAGAAACAAUGGCAGCAUCCAUGGAAGCAUCCAGGGCAGUAUCCAGGGAUCCCCUGGUCCUGUUCGUACAAAAAAGAUCUUUGUGGGGGGAUUAGCAUCCUCAGUCACAGAGAGUGACUUCAAGAGGUACUUUGAUCAAUUUGGAACAAUUACAGAUGUGGUCGUGAUGUAUGACCACAAUACUCAAAGGCCAAGAGGUUUUGGGUUUAUCACUUAUGAUUUGGAGGAAGCAGUGGAUAAAGUCCUUUUCAAAACUUUUCAUGAACUUAAUGGAAAGAUGGUCGAGGUUAAGCGUGCUGUUCCAAAGGAGUUAUCUCCUGGACCAACUCGAAACCAGUCGAGUGGCUAUAACUACGGGCUGAGCAGAGUGAACAGUUUCCUUAAUACCUACAGUCCAGGACAUAAUGUUAGCUCACCAAGUGGUUACGGAAUGAGAAUGGAAGGUCGAUUCAGUCCUGUUGCUGUAGGUUGGAGUGGAUAUCCUUCCCCCUACAACACGGCUAAUUUCAAUGUGGGUUUGAAUUCAGACACUGGAUUCAGUUUAAACAGUGGGGCAAUUGCUGAUUCUGCCUUUGGCUAUGGACGUGGGAUGAACUCUUUUUAUAGUGGAAAUACAGAUCGUUUUGGUAGUCCCAUUCGUUAUGAUGGGGGUGUUAUUGGAAAUGGGCCUAUGUUGAAUACCAAUGCUCGAAACUUAUGGGGCAUCGGGAAUCCCAACUAUGGUUCAAACUCGAUGUCAAAUUCAUUUGUUGGCUCGGGAACUGGAAAUGCUGGUUUAGUUGGUGGUCUUGGAAGUAUUGGGGAAAUUUGGGGCACCACUCCUAAUAUACCCCAAGCUGGAGGAAAUGCUUCCUUAAACUCUGAAAAUUUCGGCUAUGGCAUCCGGGAUAUGAACUUUGGUGGUAGAGCUGGUUAUGGAAGAAACAAUGGUAGUGUUGCUGGCACAACAUCUUCAUAUUCUGCCCCAAACAACAUUCGUGAUGGAGGUUUGGCAAACUUGUACGAGAGAGAGUCCUUUUAUGGGGAUCAUGCUUGGCAACCAUCCUCUCCUCCGCAUGAUGGUUCCGUACCUUUUGGUUAUGAGCUUGGUGGGACUGCAGAUGCAGCACCAAACAGUUCUGUUGGUUACGUUGGAGGUUAUAGCGUUAAUGCUAGGUCUAAUAGAGGGAUUGCAGCCUAGAACAUAUUACGGUAUGGAUACAUAAAGAUUGUAGAGGCCAUAUAAUACAAGUGGAAGAAAAGGAGAGAGGAUCAUGGAGAAAAUACUUGUUCUAGACAAGUCAAGAAGAAGAUUUUAUGUAAGGUUUGAAGUCGAGUUUUCGAAUAUAGGGUUUUUGGUUUUUGGUAAUUUGUUUGAGAUGCGCAAAGGAGUUGCAGGAUAUACUCAAGAAAGAGAGAGUAUAGUAUGAUUGAGAUGAGAAGCCUUCAUUCUUUUGCCUAGACUUUUUUUUUCUAUCAUUUUUGUGCUGUAAGCCCCUCUGAAACAACACUUUGAUUCGCUUGGCUAAGCCAUCCCACUUCACUAAUAUAACGUCUUCUUCCCUGA